AUGCGAAACACAGUCGAUCAGUGUCCUGCCGACAUCGUUUUAGCACCAACAGGGUCUGAUCUCGACUACGCCGACGAUAUUGUUAAAUUCGCUGAAGGCACUACGGGAAGGAAGCUACUUAGAUGGUUGCUUAACUACCUUUGGCUUGAGCGAGACGUAACGAUUAGCAGGAUUUGGGAUAGCAACGAUUGGAUUGAUUCUGUGCAAGCUCUCGCAGAAGGUCGAGGUUGGGCAGAGCUAUUACUGACGACGAUACACCUCGACGAAGAUGCGAUUAAUUGCGUCAGGCGAUAA